AUAAUCUUUCGAGAAAAUGUGGCCGGUGAGGUUCAUAUUGAAGUGAAUAUCUAUGGUCUGAAAUAACUUUUUGAUAUUUAAAGAUUACAAAUCUUUGAAUAUCAAAGAGUUUCAAAUAUUCAUCGUGUUCUUACAUCAAAUUCAACUUCUUUUCUUCUUAUAACUAGCUAAGCUAGAUCUUAUGGCUACCCUUUGUAAUUAUACUAUAGUAGUCAUCACAAUUUUUUUCGUUCAUCUCGUAUAUUUCUCUGUUACAGCAACAACCAUUAUCAACAAUAAUAAUGGUGGCUUUAGCGCACAUCUCAUCAGAAGAACUUCCCCAAAUUCACCAUUAUACAGGCACAAAAACAACAAAGUUUUUCGACGGUUGAUGGGUGGAGACAUGUCGGGAUACCCACUACAACUCGAUCCGAUUAGUAAUGGACAUAUUAUGAAGUUAUCAAUCGGAACCCCGCCCUCAGAUAUUUAUGUACUUUCUGAUACAGGCAGCACUCUACUGUGGACGCAAUGCAAGUCGUGUAAAACUUGCUACAAGACCAAAUAUGCCAUGUUCGACCCGAGAAAAUCCUCAACUUAUAGGAACAUAACUUGUUCUGAAAGAGAGUGUAAAUUUGUCGACGAUUACAAACCAUCGAGCCAGUCACCAAGCUUUUGUCAAAAACAUCCUACAAGAUUGUGUACUUACAAUAUGACGUAUGUAGACACGGCAUCCAGUCUAGGUGUGUUGGCAAAAGAAACAUUUACUUUGACAUCCAGGACAGGUGAGGUUGUAACCCUAGAAGAUAUUGUCUUUGGGUGUGGGCAUUUGAAUUAUGAACCUGUUUCAACUGGAAAUGAAAUGGGAGUGAUUGGGCUUGGACGUGGGCCUAUGUCAUUUGUUUCUCAGAUUGCUCCCCAUGUUGGAGGGAACAAAUUUUCUUAUUGCUUGGUGCCUAUGCGUACUGAUCCCAAAUUUGAAAGCAAGAUCAAUUUCGGGAAUGGGAGUGAAGUUUUGGGUGAAGGGGUUGUCUCAACACCAUUGCUUGAUGUUGAUGACAGUUCUAACUAUAUAGUGGCGGUAGAGGGAAUUAGCAUUGGAAAUGAAUUUGUUCCGUUCAACUCAACAGUGAAACCGCUCAAAAAAUUUAAGAUGGUUGUCGACUCGGGCUCAAGUAUUGGACAUCUACCUCGAGAUAUUUGGGACCGGGUGAUAACUCAGCUAAAUAAGACGCUUGAUCCAGAAUUGAAGCCGUCCAUUGUAUACAAUGCCACGGCAGACAAAACACAUUAUUUAUGCUUUAACUCGAUGACAAUUCCAGAAGAACCAAAAGUGGCAUUUCAUUUCAUGGGUGGUGGCAAACUGGAGUUAAUGGCAGAACAAAUAUUCAUCAAAUCUCCACAGGAGGAGAACACAGUCUACUUUGGAAUCGGCUGUAUGGAUGUUUAUUCUGGCGUGGAUUCUGGUCUUUUUGGUGCCAAUCUGCAGGGAAAUUUGUUGAUUGGUUAUGACCUCGAUAGAAAUGUGGCAUCCUUCAAGCCAACUAAUUGCCUAAACUAAACUACUAGUACGCUAAUACGUACUGGGAGUGGUAUAAACUAUAAAUUUUGUAUUUGCUUUUUCUAUUUUCUCCACUUUGGCUUUUUGUACUUUUCUUUUUAUCAACAUGGGUGGUAUUUAAUUUCCAAAAAUUUGUGA